AUGAAGUUGCAAAUGAACUGUGAGAAACACAGAACCAAUGCCUUGAAGAUUGCUGCAGUCGCUAAAGGUGUCAGCAAAGUGUCGAUAGAAGCUGAGAAAGAGCAGAUGGAGGUGAUUGGAGAUGGAGUUGAUACCACGAGAUUGACCAUGUCGUUGCGGAAGAAGCUUGGCUCCGCCGCCAUAGUAAGUGUUGAACAAGUGAAAGCAGAUGCGGAGGAGAAGAAACCAACUCCAACAACAACACAAUAUUGGACAUCAAGCUAUGUCCAUCAUCCACGACAUCGUUCUACUCACUAUCGUGUAGUUCAUGAUGAAUCUCCGCAACAGAUCAAUUGUUCUAUUAUGUAA